AACAUGGCGGCGCCCCUCACCGUGGACGGAGUGGAGGCAGGCGGCGGAGAGACGGGGCUGAUUCUGACGGACUCCUCAGGCGGGGAUGAGAAGAGACCUCAGUUCGGGACUCGCUUCCUCACAGACCCGCGGCAGGUCUUCCAGCACAACGCAUGGGACAAUGUGGAGUGGACCGACGAACAAGAAGCAGCUGCUAAGAAGAAAGUCUCAGAAAACAAUCAGCCGCUGCCUCCAGAGAAACAAGAGGAAUUUGACAGCCGGGCCAACGAGUACUGGAACGAGUUCUACACCAUCCACGAGAAUCGUUUCUUCAAAGACCGACACUGGCUCUUCACGGAGUUUCCAGAGUUGGCUCCGCAGUGCAGCGUCAACCAUGAGUGCCAUCCAGAGGACAGUCAGGAUCAAAAACUGUGCAGGGAGUUUGCAGCUUUGUCUCACACUGAUGAGGACUUUCCCGGCUCCUCUGCUACAUAUCGUAUUCUGGAGGUCGGCUGCGGAGUGGGGAACACAGUUUUUCCAAUACUGAAGACCAACAAUGACCCAGGACUCUUUGUUUACUGCUGCGAUUUCUCCAGCACGGCUGUGGAGUUAGUUAAGACUAAUCCUGAGUACGACCCCGGGCGCUGCUUUGCCUUUGUUCAUGACUUGAGUGAUGUAGAAGCCAAUUACCCCGUCCCCGAUGGAACCCUUGAUGUUAUAGUGCUAAUCUUUGUGCUAUCAGCGUUGCAUCCCAACAAGAUGCAGGAGUCUAUCAGCAGAUUGGCUCGGCUGCUGAAGCCCGGAGGGGUGAUGCUGCUCAGGGACUAUGGACGCUACGAUAUGGCACAACUCCGCUUCAAGAAAGGAAGGUGUCUGUCAGAAAACUUUUACGUCCGAGGUGAUGGAACACGAGUUUAUUUCUUUACACAAGAUGAGCUCAAUGAGUUGUUCAGCGAGGCCGGGCUGGAGAAGGUUCAGAACCUGGUGGACAGAAGGCUCCAGGUGAACAGGGGCAAACAGCUCACCAUGUACAGGGUGUGGAUCCAGUGCAAGUACCGGAAACCACUGGUUCAACCGCCAGACACGCAGGAGGAGCAAACCCGCCAGACUUGAUGUUUAACUACAGCUGAAACUCUGAGCUGAACUGAGGGCGGUGCUGGCUUUUAUUUUUCAGAGGAUGUAUGGAAUUGAGAAGCUUUAUCGUGAUUGUAAUAAAGGGGAUGCAACAGGAUGGUUACGUACUGUAAAGCUGCGACGAUGAGGAUGGACUCUGACGGUGCUGCAAUCCUUGUUUCAAGAGCGAUGAGUUCUCAUUUUCUGCUCAUGAGUUCUGAGAAAGGGCUGGUUCCCCCUUGUACAAAUGUUUCUAUUCUGCUAGAUGUUGUUUUUAAUCAGCUGAUGUUUUGAAAUAAAUUGCAUGAUUUCUAAGAAAA